CCGCCGUCUCAGCCCCGCGCUGGUGCAGGCUCCCUCGGUCCUUCGGCGCUUCCUCCCUCCGUUCGCACCAUGGCGGAUCAACUGACUGAAGAACAGAUUGCUGAAUUCAAGGAAGCUUUCUCCCUAUUUGACAAAGAUGGCGAUGGGACCAUCACAACAAAGGAACUUGGCACCGUCAUGAGGUCACUGGGUCAGAACCCAACAGAAGCCGAAUUGCAGGAUAUGAUCAAUGAAGUGGAUGCUGAUGGCAAUGGCACCAUUGACUUCCCAGAAUUUUUGACUAUGAUGGCUAGAAAAAUGAAAGAUACAGACAGCGAAGAAGAAAUCCGCGAGGCAUUCCGAGUCUUUGACAAGGAUGGCAAUGGGUACAUCAGUGCGGCAGAACUACGUCAUGUCAUGACAAACUUAGGAGAAAAACUAACAGAUGAAGAAGUAGAUGAAAUGAUCAGAGAAGCAGAUAUUGAUGGAGAUGGACAAGUCAACUAUGAAGAAUUCGUACAGAUGAUGACUGCAAAAUGAAGACCUACUUUCAACUUUUCCCCACCUCUAGAAGAAUCAAAUUGAAUCUUUUACUUACCUCUUGCAAAAAAAAAAAAAAAUCAUUUACUCAUUCUGUUUCUAUAUAGCAAAACUGAAUGUCAAAAGUACCUUCUGUCCACACACACAAAAAAUCUGCAUGUAUUGGUUGGUGGUCCUGUCCCCUAAAAGAUCAAGCUACACAUCAGUUUUACAGUAUAAAUCCUCGUACUACCUUAACGAUAAGGAAGCACUUAGUGGACUCCUUGCAGUUCCAUUUGCUAAUGAUUAAUACACUGUUUGGGCUGGCCAGUUUUUCAUGCAUGCAGCUUGACAAUUGAGCACAGUCAGGCAUUUGUAUUAAAAACGAAAAACGAAAAAACAAAUUCAAAACCUAUUCAGAUGGGUUCUAGUUCAGUUUGUUAGUAGAAAUUGUCCUAGCUUGGUUUGCUGAAAGCAAACACAUUUAAAAUUGGUUUACCUCAGGCUGUUGUGUAGAAAAAUGGGUGAAGGAUAAACUGUCUAGACGUAGCCCCACUAGCAGGAUGAUGGUCCCUCUUGUACUUCCAUGUGCCCCGACCCGUGGUGACGGUGAGGCAUCCUGGUGACAUGCCCACGUGUGUUGGUUUAGCGUUGUCUGCAUUGUGCUAGCGCGAAAUGGGUGUCAGGCUGUCACCAUUCACACAAAUUUUUAAAAAAGAAACUUUUACCAAGGGAGCAUCUUUGGACUCUCUGUUUUUAAAACCUCCUGAACCGUGACUUGGAGCCAGCAGAGGUAGGCUGUGGCUGUGGACUUCAGCACAACCAUCAACAUUGCUGUUCAAGAAAUUACCAUUUAACGUCCAUUCCAAGUUGUGUAAAUGCUAGUCUUUUUAUUUUAUUUUUUUUUCCAAUAAAAAGACCAUUAACUUAAA